GGACAAAGCAAACGAGUCGCAAAACAUUCUGUCAAAGUUGUUGCUGUUUUCGACUUUUAUGCAUAGGAAAAUUUUUUCGCUUCUCGCAAUAAAAGAAUACCAUACAAAAACAAAGAAAAUGUUGAAAAGUUAAAACCAGUACGAAACAACUAAACUUUCAUCGAUUGUGACUAAGUGGUAAUGAACAAAUCGAAAAAGUUAAAUACGCAGCGGCCACAGAAAAACCACGGCGUAGAGACCUUAGACAGACUGAAGCUUAGCUAACGUCCUCAACGGUGGCGAUGGAAAAUUUGCAAGGGCGUAACUCAAGCGGUAGUAAUGGUACUCUAUUCAAAAAUAAUUCUGACACAGAAAACUUAAGUGGUGGUCGCUGUAACCAAUCGACGCAUGUAGGCGCUGGCUUUGUGGCAACCAAGGCUUUUGCAGCGGUGCAGGGUGAAUGCAAUUGUCUCGGUGGUAGUAGCAGUGUCGGCGGUAGCAGCACCAGCUGGUUGUCUUGCGGCCAACAACAUAUAAACAAUAACAACAAUAAUCAUACAACGGAUGUGCAAAGCAAGUGCAAUGUCGGCAUAACAACAACGACAGCGAUGACGGCCACAGCAAGCAUUGCGACCGUAGCGUUGGCAAAUGUGACAACAGAUGCGUCAUGUACCGGCAUCGGCCAAAUAAAUGCUGGUAGUGGUGGUGAUGGGGGUGAAGUUGACGGUUGUGACAGCAAAACAGUUGGGGUUGUACGCCCAGGCUUUGGCAUGACAGAAAGCAUGAGCCUGGCAGUUGCCACGUCCAAAAUUAACGGCGGUACAGAGUUAAAGUUAAAUGGUGGGACUAGCGUCACCGUAGACACAGCUGCAGCACCACAGGAUACAAUGGCAGCAUCAGCUGCUGCUGCUGCUACGCCUAGCGAUUUCCAUGCUUGCACUUUUGAUGUAUUCUCAGCAGCCGCAGCUGCAGCUGGAGCAGUAUCGCGUAGCGCCUCUCUCAACAACUCCACCGAAAAUCUGAGUUACGCGAGUGAUAAUUACUAUGGCGAUGAUUUACUGCUAUUAGAAGGCGAUGAUGACGUAGACGAUGUGGAUGUUGACGCGGAGGAGAUUUCGCUUAAUUCGGAUGAUUGUGUUUACGCGUAUCGCGGAGAUGGCGUCGAUUUUGAUCUCGCACUGGAUACUAUUUCCGGACGUGGGCAUGGCACUGGGAAUACCUGCAUGGCUGAUGAUGAAACGGACUUUCUUGAAAUGGAUUUUGAACCGGACCCCUUAUCGGAGGUAGAGUAUGGUUCCGUGGAGACGGCACCCGGACACGGCGAUGCUUUUCUAAUGCAACGCGAUGCCUGCCAUUUAAGUGGCCGACAUUCAGCGACGCUAGGACACUACAGCAAUGGCGCUGCGGCUGCGCAAAGGCUCCUUUUCAGUUCUCCAAUCGAUGAUAGUUUGCCACCGCCACCCGCUAAAACGCUGCAAUCCCAACUAAUGCUCAGUAAGAACUUUGCGCGAAUAACCAUGCAUUUAGAUCAGAUAAAGGGCGAGAAUGGCGACAGCGAUGCUUACGAGCAUGUACAAAGCGAUCGCGCAUCUGCGCUGGGCAUGGCGGACGAUACAGUGGAUGCUGUGCCAACCAGCAAAGUGCUUAACGCCGCACACUCGCUGCCCAAUGCGUUACUCUCGAAUUUCGGACGUGAUCUACUACACGCCAAGGAGGAGGGCAAGUGCAGUCAAUUGAAAGUGACAGGCGCCAAACCGAAACGAUUCUCCACAUUUUCUACAUCCUCGUCCACAUCUUCCAAAAAUUCAUCGAAAUCGCGCAAUUCGCUGCGCUCAACAUAUGCUCUCACAACGCUUUGUAAUAGCACAAGCUUCGACGAGCGGAGCGCCAGCUGCGCCGAGUUUCGCUGCUCCGCGCCCAAGGUCGGCAUGAGCACCGAUAAUUGCAUGCACACCGAAACCCAUCUAGUCAGCAACACAGCCAAUGCAGCGCCAACCAACGACUGCGACGAUUUGAGCGUGAACGACGACACGUGUCUGGAUUGUUUGGAAAAGGAAUUUCUUGCAAACACAAUUGGCAAGGCCAUCGACACGAAUGAUUGUACACGUUGUCGCAAGCGCAGCAGCAGCAGCAUAGCGCUCUUCAAGCGCGCUACACUUGGCACGUCGGCGGGAACACCACGCUGUCGCAGCGGUUCGCCAUUGAUACUGCGUGACGCCCACGAUGAGUGCAUGCUCGGCACAGCAAUCGGCGAUUACUUGCAGCCGCGCUGUGUGGACUGGGCUAGCUCGGCCUUUCGGGAUAUACGCAUGAUGAAGGACGACCGGUGGCUGGGCGACAGUGUUAGUUGUGAUGAUAGCGGACCGUGCGCUGGUGAUCCAAAGUUAAAAAUGAAACCGCGCGUGCGUACUCGUGUGCGUGCGCGCACCUGCGACGCUGAGGUGUUGCAACAAUUUAAAAGUGAGGAGGAUGCGUCGCAGCUAAGACGCACGGCUGCGGCUGACAGCGGCUUUGACAACGAGCUUCUGUUGAAAAACUUACUACUGACUGAAAAGGAAACUGUUACAGUUCCGACUUUAAAUUUAAGCGAGGAGUUGCUAGUGCAGGCACUGGAUAAACUUCAUGUAUCAUAUAAUUUGGAACUGAUCAAAUCGCAUCUUAAUUAUGUCUCGAAUACUGCUACAACGACUAAAAUAACAACAACAACAGCAACGCAAAUAUUCACCAUGCUAGACAAACAGAAAGGCUUGAAGGAAUUCAAGGACUUAAAGCAUCUGCUGUUGCACGAAUCGAAGAAACACGGCAACCACCCAAAACUGAAGCGUUUAAUUGAGCUGGCUACGCGGCAGCAGGUGGCGGUGGAAUUUCAACAGGACUCGAAGGACAACACAACAACAUUUGUGCCGCUUAAAGUCGCCGAUAUACUGCAGCAGUGGGUGCGCACAAAGAAUCUCAGCGUACUCCAGCAUUUAGACAAACGUUUUGUCGAAGCGAAUGUUUUGGGUAAAAUCGCCAAUAUUAUACGCCAGGCGCAGCAGCGUUGUACACCGCGACGCCCACUGCCCGAAUACAUACUGAUACCACAGUAUUAUCCUGCUGGUGUGCUAAGGCUUACAAGAAAAACUUAAAUUUUUUGCUACAAUAAGGAACUGCGAUUUGUAUGGCUGUUUUACAUAAAUUUAAUUUGAAAUACAAAACCAACAAAAACUUAUAUGAAUUAUUAUGCGCGCUGCCGUAGGCCACAAUAAUCAUACAUAAUCACACGCAUACACACACUAUGCUUAAACGAAUGCAAUAUUAUUACUUAAAAAAACAAAACUUUACAAACAUAUAUAUUAUAUAGUAUAUAUAUAUGAUAACUGCUAUCGACUUGUCGGUCAAAAACGAAGCAAAGCAAAAACAAGCAGACUUAGAAUUACUUAUACAUAUUACAAUGACAUAACGCAACCUAUACGCAUAAACCGAUAACUGUUUGUAUGUAAAUAUAGCAAAUAUGAUAAUGCAAUUGUUUAGAAUUUGUUUUGUUGGGACAGCGUUUAUUCCAAAAAAAAAAACACAAAAAAACACGAAAAAACGAAAAGCGCUCUGUGGCAUUGCAUGUAAUGUUAAUUUAUUCCUAUAACUUAUAUACUUAGAAAUAUACACAUUAUUAUAUUUAGAUACUCAAUGUUUGUAUGUAUAGCAAAGCAACAUAAUAUUAACGCAAAUUAAAGCUAUUAUAAUUAAUUAGGCGAUAGUGUUUAGAAUGUUGUAAUUACACACACUCACACACAAACAUGCAAGUAUACACCCAAGCACACCCAUAUGCACCAGCAUUAAACGAAUAUUAAAUAAUCUUUGUGCAACCGCUCAUGCAGCAUAAUCUCAUACAUAUAUAUACAUAUACAUAUACAUAUACAUAUGUAUUAAAGUUAUUGUAGAGUAUGUCUAACAUACGCUUAUGUGGAGCGCCAGCAUGCGCUUCUUUUGCCCCACACACAUUGAACUCAUUGAAAAAGUAUAACAUAAAUGUAUGUAUGUAUGUCUGUUUGUUAAAUGAUAUUACAAAACUAACAACAAUAUGUAUGUACGAAUAGUGCUGAUUAGUGCGUUUAGCGUUUAAAAAACAAAUACAUACGCAUAUGCAAUUUAUCUCA